AUGUCUGAUGACGAUGAUUUCAUGCAAGACUCGGCGGACGAAGAUUAUGACUUUGAAUACGAGGACGAUGAAGACGACGAGUCCGGCGAUAUCGGAAUCGAAAACAAAUACUAUAAUGCGAAGCAGAUGAAGGUGGACAAUCCGGAGGAGGCGGUGGACGAGUUCCUCGGCCUGCCUGCGAUGGAACAAGACAAAAGCGAAUGGGGGUUCAAAGGAUUGAAACAAGCCAUCAAGCUGGAAUUCAAGCUCGGACGAUAUAGCGAUGCCGUCGAACACUACCGAGAACUCCUCACAUACGUCAAGUCCGCGGUGACUCGCAAUUACUCCGAAAAGUCUAUCAAUAAUAUGCUCGACUACAUCGAAAAGGGCUCCGACGAUGCGGAGGCAUAUCAAUGCAUGGAACAGUUCUACUCCCUCACCCUCGACUCCUUCCAGAAUACCAACAACGAGCGACUCUGGCUGAAGACGAAUAUCAAAUUAUCCCGGCUCUGGCUGGAGCGAAAGGAAUACGGCCAGCUGGGCAAGAAGGUGAAGGAGCUGCACCGGGCAUGCCAGCGGGAGGAUGGAACCGAUGAUAGCAGCAAGGGCACCUACUUGCUCGAGCUGUACGCCUUGGAGAUUCAGAUGUACGCCGAAAUGAAGAACAACAAACGCCUCAAGGCACUCUACCAACGAGCACUGCGUGUCCGGUCGGCUGUACCCCACCCGAAGAUUAUGGGCAUCAUCCGAGAAUGCGGCGGCAAGAUGCAUAUGAGCGAGGAGAAUUGGAAGGAGGCGCAGAGUGAUUUCUUCGAGUCGUUCCGCAACUACGACGAGGCGGGCUCGAUGCAGCGAAUCCAAGUGCUCAAAUACCUCGUUCUGACCACGAUGCUCAUGAAGUCCGACAUCAACCCGUUCGACUCGCAAGAGACCAAGCCCUACAAGAACGACCCCCGGAUAUCCGCCAUGACCGAUCUGGUGGAUGCCUUCCAACGCGACGAUAUCCACGCCUACGAAGCCGUCUUGAGCAAGCACCCGGACGUGCUAGCCGACCCCUUCAUCGCGGAGAACAUCGAUGAGGUCAGCCGGAACAUGCGCACGAAGGCCAUCCUCAAGCUGAUUGCCCCAUACACCCGCUUCUCCCUGCAGUUCAUCUCCAAGCACAUCAAGAUCUCCGUGCCCGAGGUGCUCGAGAUCCUCAGCUUCCUGAUUCUCGACAAGAAACUCAAUGCCAAAAUCGACCAGGAGAACGGUACCGUGGUGGUGGAUAGCGCGAGCGACGUAGAGCGUCUGCGCGCCCUGGACGAGUGGAGCUCCUCCCUGAAGAGCCUCUGGCAGACCGCUCUGAACGGCGAGGGUUUCCGCCCCGAGGAGGGCGGCCACGGCCACGGCCAGAGCGGUCCGGUCUUCCCCUCAGGCUUUGGUGACGACUCCCCUGUCGGCUACCGGCCGCUGAACCUGAACCCGCAUCCGAGAAAGGACACUCGCGGCCGGCCGUUCGGAGGCCAGUUGGCAGGCGCGUCGUAA